AUGUCUUUUUUUUUAUUUAUCUAUUUUUUGGUUGCUUUUAUAAAUAUCUAUCUUUUCAUAAAAUUCUUUAGAACGUUUCUUUAUUCUCAGCCCUGUUUUACUUUGGCCUUUUUUUUCCUUGGGCCUUUUCUUCCCGCCCUCUCUCUUUCUUUCUCUCUCUAUCUUUCUCUCUCUUUCUCUCUCUUUCUUUCUCUCUCUUUCUCUCAUUUUCUCUUUUCAUGUAUACAUAAGACGUUGAUAUACCGUAAAACAAACCAAAUCAAACCAAACCACUACUACCAUCACUACUACUAUUGCAUCCCUCUUUGUCUCACAUUUUUCUUCCUAUCUAUCUAUCUAUCUAUCUAUCUAUCUAUCUAUCUAUCUAUCUAUCUAUCUAUCUCAGUCUAUUUAUUUAUUUAUUUAUCUAAUUAUUUAUUUCUAUCUAUCUAUCUAUCUAUCUAUCUAUCUAAUACUAAAAGACUGCGAAUUUUUCUCUCCAUCCCUCUCUCUCUUCACCCCUCUCUCUCUCUCUCUCUCUCUCUCUCUCUCUCUCUCUCUCUCUCUCUCUCUCUUUCCACCUCUGAAAUAUUUCUCUCUCUCUCUCUCUCUCUCUCUCUCUCUCUAUCUAUCUAUAUAUAUAUAUAUAAUUUUUACCUAUCAUAA